UCUUUACCCACACCGUUAUUGCUCCGGUACCGCCGAGUUUGUGCUUUAAUCAAUUUUGUUGCGUUGCGAAAAUUGCACCUAGUUGCUUAAAAUAAAUAAUCCGCCGUACCGUUUACGUGAUUCAUUGUGAGGGGCCGACUUGUGCUUAUCAUUGAAUGCAAUCUACCGCGCUAUUCAGAUAAGACAUGCGGUCUUUGAAAAAUCGAAACGGCAAUAAUACUAACCGUGUCUAAGUAAACAAUUUACCAAAGCAGUCAACGAAUAUAUGUGAUAAGCUUAAUAACGUUUGAAGCCGAUACGCAAAAAAAUUAAACUCUCGAACACAACCAUAAAUGCUUUGUUCUGCAGUUUUUGCUAAUUCUAGACAAGUAUUUAUGUAGGAGCUAUGGUUUCUGAAAUGAGUAAUCAACGCAAAAUAGGGAUUUGUGGCGCCACAACGACGCCGAGCUCGAUGCUGCUCAUUUUACUGGCGCUUAUAUGCAGUGCAACCGCUGGGGAUGACGCAAAUCAGCUGGACUUUACAUCGGGCGAUUGCACGCUAACAGAGCCCGUCUAUGGCUACAAGUUUGAUUUUAGCAAGUUGCGUUCGGACUUGGCGCAUGUGGUGCGAAGCGUUAGCAAUGACAUCUUUGAGUUUAACGUUUGCAGUAAUUUGACGUACACCUGCAACAAUGAGAGUAAUGUGGCUGCUUGCCUUAAAAGGCAGGGAAAAGAAUAUGUGCUCGGUCGGAGACACGAACUUCAUUAUCACAAUGGAAAAAUGUACCUCGAGUAUUUGAGUGGAGCCAAAUGUGAAAACGGAACCAAAGAUCAUCCAAACUACCAGCUUCAUGUCAUUCUCAAUUGCGACUACACGCUGGAUACCAAUCCAUUACAACUAACUUCAUUUGCUGAAGAUACGUGUUCCUUCUACAUAAACUACGACACGCCACUGGCCUGCUUAUCGAUACCAGAUGCUAUGCAGUCCAAUAGCUGCAGUGUGCCGUACACGAGUGCAGGCAACACAUUCGAUUUGAUGGAGCUAAGCGAUGUUAAUUAUAGGACCACUGACCGUCAAGGAAAUUUCUUUAUAAUCAAUGUGUGUAAGCCGGUGCUUUAUGGUGAGAACACCAUGUGCCCAGCCGGAAGCAGUAUUUGCCUUUUUUCCCCUAAAGCGACAGAUUUAAAAAAACGAUUCAUUAACUUCGGAAAUGUGCAGACGCAACCCGUAUAUAAAAAUGAGCAGCUAUUAUUGCUACACAAUUCGUCAACACCGUGUGCAAGAAAUUCCAAACUGAACUAUAGCAGUGUUGUCCAUUUCCACUGCGACAAAAAUGUCAGGAACGCACAUCCCGAGUAUGUGGGACUGGAUCAAGAUGGUUGCACAUACCAGUUUAACUUUAUCACGCCGCUGGCGUGCAAGAAUCUAAAGCCCUGCACGGCUAGGACCGCUAGCAAUGAGCUCCUGGACCUGAGCGCACUCAGUAAGCGAGCACCUCACAAAUUGUCCAAAGACGGAAAAACCUACAAUGUGGCUGUAUGCGCCGGUGCCGGUACACCCUGCUUGGCAAAUGGUGGCGCCUGUUAUGAAGAGAAUGGCGUAACCUAUGCCCUGGGCAACUUCAAUGGGCAUUUGCGUUUCAAUCAGAGUGGGUCGCCGUAUUUGCUGUACGAGGAUGGCGUUAAAUGCGAGAAUGACAACCGUCGCUGGUCCACAAAAAUCGAAUUUGUGUGCGCGAGCAAUGCAACGAAGGAUAGCGUCGAUGCCGUACAUAUAAUUGAGGACUCCAAUUGUCAGUUGUUAAUUCAAUAUUGGACGCCGCUCGCAUGCCUGGAACAGAUUAGAUGCACAGAAAAGAUCUAUGUGGACAACUCAGAGGAUGGAACCGGCGGCGGAGGCUAUGAACUAUUCGACAUUACACCCUUGAUAAAUAACAAUGAUAAUUAUGAGGCUCGGGUCGAAUUGCCGGCCAGCCAACAGCAGCAGCUGGCCAAAAACACGAAGUUCUUUUUGAAUGUGUGCCGUCCAUUAGUGCCGAAAUACCAAUUAGGCUGCGCCGGUGGUUCUGCUGUCUGUAUGGCAAAAAUGUCGGCAGCCGGAGCGGCAGAGGAGGAGUAUAGUCUUGGGUUUCCACUGAUUAGCUUAGCGGCCAUCAACCGCACCACUGUUGAACUGCUAUACUUACAUGGCGAUCCGUGUCCCACUGACAAGGCCACAAAUCUAUCCACGACUAUUCGCUUCAGGUGCAACAUGCGCUCAGGACGAGGACAGCCCGUGUUGAGUUUCAUUGAUGACUGCAACUAUCAUUUUGAUUGGGACACAAGCGUCAUUUGUCCGCCGCAUGAGUGUACUUUUAUUCCGGACACAUGUGAGAUGGUGCAGAAUGACUUGAACAUGCGUUACAACUUUAAGAAUGCCUCCUUUACGAAGGAUGGUAAGAUUGCGAUCCACAACAACAAUAGCCAACUGGAACUGAAUGUAUGCGGACCGCAUCGCAAGGCAAUGACGGACUAUUCGCAAGAUUUGGUGAACUUGUUCUUCACACACGACCUUCCUGGAUGUGGCAAGGAGGGCAAGAUGAAUGUUCACAUGCGUGUGAUAUGCAGCAGCAAAACUGAGAGCUCUUUCACCAUAACAAAUGACACGCAGUGCAGCUUGCUCUAUGUGCAGCGCACACCGAGCAUCUGCUCGUUUCUGAGCCUCAGCGUGCCAACACAGGAUGAUAGUGGCAGUAGCAGCAGCAGCAGCUCUACUAGCACAACUAGCACCACCACCAGCACGCAUGCAACGCCAAUGGGUAAGAAAGAAGAAGCAGCAACAACUGCAGCAACCACCGUAGAGGCAGCUAUUGCUCGCCCAACGGCCUCCGUGGGCACCAUACUGGGCCUUAUUCUAUCCGUGACGUUCUUUGUGGCAUGCGUUGGACUGUUCGCCGUUUCGCCGGCUCGAAGGCAGCGCGUCCGUAGACUCUUCCGACGCAACAGCUCAGCGGUGCGAUAUUCCAGGGUUCAGUCAAACGAGGAAGCUAAUCUGUUGCUAGAACCAAAUGGCGAGUUCACUGAGAGCGACGAUGACAUGUUACUUUAGAAGGCUAACCCGUGGAAAUAGGCUGUGCAUACUGCAUACUGAUUGCUAUAAACAUUUAACCAAGUGAAAAAUUAGAAAACCUAUUUAGUAAAAAAAAAAGACAUGAGAAGAAAGUUCAACACCAAAGACAUAAAACGCAACUGAUUGUGAAUUAAAAACUGAUAGUAGACAAGUAACGAAUUGCAUUGAGGAAAGCUUUUCAUAUACUUACUUAUGUACAAUACGUCUAAAUGACAACGACAAACAAACAAUCCAAAUUAAUGGAACUAUUAAUGUAUAUGUCUAAACGAUCUUAUAUAUUUUAUAUACCUGCACUUAAAAUAUGUAAAGGCAAAAACCCUGCAAAGUCCCUAGCUCUUAUCCAUAUAUACCAUAAAGUUUAAUGCAGAGAAUUGCAUGCGACAAUUGCUUUGUAAGUCUUGAAGUAUUUUUUUCCAAGCAUUAUUAAUUUUACUUAUGGGUCAACGAACCCAUUUUAAGUCGAACCAAAGGAUCGUAUAAAUUUGAACAAAUUUAAAUCCUCUGGCGAAAACUGUAACAGAAAUUUCUGUUUUAAUUACUUUUACUUUAUACUUUUUUGUAUUUUAUAUCGUGUGAUAUGAGACUUGGCGAUAUGUACUUAAUAUUAUUAUGUUGUGUUAUUUGCAAAAUAUUUUUUGUUCGUUUCUUAGUUUGUUAAGUUGACUGUGAAAUUCCCCCAAUUUUAAAUAACAAUGUAACUAUAUGUAAAUCUAUAUAUGCUCUGUAUAAAAAAAAAAUUGAAAAAUAUAAGCGAAUUAA